CGAUUACAGCACCUCGCGCCAGCAAAAAUCCAUGACGGUGCUAAACAAACGGCAAGAAUGCAGGUCGGAACCAGGAAACCCCAAGGAGCGCGGACGCGAGCGGAAGAGAGAAACAGAGUCCAUCACACGUGCUUGUGAUGUCGGCUUAGAUUACCAAAAGACGGUCUUUGCUCCACUCAGCUCUUCUGAGUCUCAACCACCAUCUACUCGACGCCGGCACUCUGUUUGGACAUCCUGUGCCACCUGCCUUGUCAGAGAUCUUCGCCUCAAUUUUCGUAUGCUCUCGACGUCGUCCGCCUUCGACCUCACUUUCGACGAUUCGGAUGAUUGGAAGUCGCCCACCUACGGCAGGCUCUAUCGCGCUUCGAGCGUUGGCAGCUACAAGGUCACCUCUAUAGGCCGAGGCUUCGACUGGGACGAAAACGAGGAUGGCGACGAAAGGGCGGCGGCCCCGGCACGAGCUCCCGAGGCCAAGCUCAAAAUCGCUGAGCCCUCGCCACAGAAGCUGACUGAUCCUUCAAAGGUCAUGCGCUCUGUAACCAACACGUCCUCUUCACCUACCACCAUAUCUUUGUCGCCGAUGGCGCUUUCGUCGGAGCCACAAAGCUAUUUCUCCUCGCCAGCUCACUCCCGCUCUGCAUCGCCAUUGGCCAUCGCCAUGCCCCAACCUUCUCGACCGCCCUUAUCUCGCACCCCGACUACGCCACGUCCCAACAGUCGACGGAAUUCUCAGCAGCGGGUCUCCUUGAUCGCCGGGCGCGUGUCGAUCGCACCCAUCGAACCGCCGCCAUCUCCGCCGCCAAGUCUUCCCCCGAGUCUACGCCGUACAGACAGUCAGUCCAGUCGGCUCAGUGCAGCGUCCACUCGCGCACCAUCUCCAACGGACGAGCAGGUCUCGCCCGGCAACCGCACUAUCGAUGAGUUCCACAUCGAAGGCGAGAUAGGGCGUGGAGCGUACGGUCUGGUAAAGCGAGCAAGGGAGAUUUUGCCUGAUGGUUCACUUGGUCCCCCCAUUGUCAUCAAGCAGGUGAUCAAGUCGCGCAUCCUUGCCGACUGCUGGAAGAGGCACCCGAAGUACGGCACCAUCCCCAUCGAAAUCUAUGUCAUGUCCGCCAUCUCCCACACAUCUUACACUCUUCCCCCUCGUCGUCCAUGGCAUCCCGGGAGAUUGGACCCAGAAGCCCUCGAUGACGACUGGAUUGCUGGGAAAGUUGUGAAGGGGCAUCCGAACAUAUGUCCUCUCCUCGACUACUUCGAGGACAGCCACUACUACUACCUUUUGCUACCUUCGUCGACCCCGGCGGUCAAACCAGGAGAGCCACACCCACCGUCUGAUCUUUUCGACCUCGUGGAGAGCUACCCGCAGGGUCUCCCUCCAAGUUCUGUAAGGACUUACUUGGGUCAAAUUGCGGACGCCCUCUCAUUUCUUCACUCGCACGGGAUAGUUCACCGUGAUGUGAAGGACGAGAACGUCGUUCUUGGUCCUCAUGGACGGUGCAUCCUCAUCGACUUUGGAAGCUCUGGCUUGGUGAAGAAGAGCGGAUGGGACACUUUCAGUGGAACUCUGGAUUAUGCUGGCCCCGAGAUUCUUCGCGGCGAGCGAUAUUUCGGAAAAGAACAAGACGUGUGGGCGUUCGGCGUCGUCGCGUACGUUCUGCUUGUUGGAGAAUGCCCGUUCGAAAAUGCGGCUGAGGCGCAGGAGGGGCUCCGGUCGCCGUUCGCAAAGGCGUCUAUCGCGCUUGAGGAUAGAUGCGGCGACGACAACGCCAAGGAGGGGCUGGAGCCGGAUGGUGGAGGCGCACUUGGAGAUGCAGCUGCUCUCGUCCGCGAGUGCCUACAGGUGGAAGUAGGCGCACGACCAACUUUUGAGCGAAUCCUGCAAAGCCGCUUUCUAAGCGGCGGCUCCGGCUGGGGCGCCUAACGCAUCACGGUUUCUUCCUUACCUCCGUUUCUUCCUUCGAUCUCAUCUCCGCAUCGCCACUGUAAGCCGCAGACGGGCACGCUUCCAACCCCCAUCGAUGGGCGCUCGAUGUCCAUCUCAUCGGCGACUCAUCAUUGUAUCUCGCGCAGUCCCAUCCCUCGCUGCUCGCCUGUAGUUUAUGCUAUUUAUCUUUGCACCAGUCGUUGUAUCAUUCCCUCGUCGUGUAGAAAGUACCAGAUAAAAUGCAUGUAAUCCUAAUGAAAUUUGCGCGACACGAAGAUCCGGCAGGGUUGUGG